AUGGCCGACCCACCCGACUCUGCCGGCCCUUCGACGCCUCCCAACACCGACCAGCGCCCCGCCGGCGGUCUCACCUCGAUUCUCAAGCAAACCUCCUACGACCCCUCCUCCCCCGCCGGCCCGCAAUUCUUCCCCUCGGAAACCGUCCCCGCUUCCUCCGACCAGCCCUCGCAGCAGGACGAAGACCCCGAAGCCGCAGGCCAGGAAGACGACUAUGAUGACCCGGACGGCGCGUUGUGGAGCGGACCUGCGGCGGCGAGUGUGCCGACGAGUGUGAGCGGGUUUCGAAUGCGUGCGAGGAGCAGGGGCGACUUGGAGCGCAUGGGUCGCGGUUUGGCGAGGAGCGAGGCGGAGAGCGAGGACGACGACGAUGCGAAGAGUCGCAGGAGCAGAAAGAGUCGAAGGAGGAGGAGCUCGUCGAGGCGAAGCAGGAGCAGGCGAGGGAGCGACGCAACCUCUGCGUCCGAGGCGGUCACGACAGACGCCGAAUCCGUACAUUCCCGCUACUCGACCUCGCGCAACCGUCGGCGGCGCACUCGGCGACGCAGCGACGCUUCUGCAGCCACUUCAGCGGUGGAGUCGGAAUCCGAGGACGAGCGCGUCGGCUUCUUCGAGGGCCUCUCGAACGUCUUUCGCGGCAGGCGCGCCUCCUCACACCGCCCGGACGUCUCGCCUGCUCGAUCGCGUGCCGGCAGCGUCAGAUCCAGGCAGACGUCGCGACGACGGGGCGAGGAGACGGACGAGGACGCCGUCUCGGUCCGCUCCGAGUCCGACUUUGCCGGCGACGACGAAGACCCUUACGGCCCGUACGGCUCGUCGUCCGAGUCGGCAUCCACCUCAUCGACCACGUCGACCUCUUCGUCGCAGGACAACGAUGGCCCUCGACGGCGGCGCACGACAACGGGCGCAGGUGGAGCCGGCCUGCUCGGUCUACCCGGCGGUGGCGGGAACGACUUUUUCGGGGAGAGCCGAAUCGACUUUGAGGAGGUCGAGGACGACGAGAUGUCGUCUCUGAGCGAAGAGACGGACGACGGCGGACACGGCAAGGGCCCUUCGAAGCCGCAUCACCAGCUCAUCUACAUCCCCGACGAAGAUCUCCCCCUCCGCUUCGUCGGCCUGCAUAUCUCGUCCGUUAAGCUCGGGCUGUGGUACGCAGGCUGCGUCCUUUCGCUCGGGAUCGUCUGGCUCGUCGGAAGGUGGAUGCCCGAGUGGUGGCGCCGCGCGAACGGCAAGAUGGGCGAGUUUGCGGCGAGUCAGUUUGUCGUCGUCGAGACGUACCAUCACCCGACGCAGAUCCUCCCUCUCCAGACGCUCCGCCUUCCCGCACCGACUCCGCUCUCCACCAUCUUUCCGCCUUCCGUCACGCUCCCUCCCGCGCAUCGCGACGACGUCUCCCACCCGUCGUCUCCAUCAUUGAACGGCAUCUCGAACGGUAACGGUGCCACGGCACGCAAGAAGGCCCAGCUCGCCGCAGCCGGACACAUGAUCGAUGAGAUCCAGUUUGUCGACUACCGCUACUACCGCUUCAUCCUGCAUCCUGGCGACGGCAUGUUCCGCAUGGUCAGGGAAUGGAAAGACCCGACUUGGACCUCCCUUCCCCAACUUCGCCGCGGCCUCUCCACCGCCUCCUCGCAGCUCGCACUCCGCACGAGCCUCUUCGACUCGAACGCAAUCGAGAUCGAGGCGAAGAGUAUCGGCACGCUCUUGAUGGACGAGGUGUUGCACCCUUUCUACAUCUUCCAGAUCGUUUCCAUCUUUCUCUGGGCUAUCGACGAUUACUUCUACUACGCCUUCGCCAUCGGUGUCAUCUCGGUCGUCUCCAUCGUCUCCACCCUCCUCGAGACUCGCGCGAACGUCCAGCGCAUGCAGGAAAUGUCCCGCUUCUCGUGCCCGGUCCGCGUUCUUCGCGACUCGGAGUGGAUGAUGGCCGACUCCUCAACGCUCGUUCCCGGCGACCUCGUCGACCUUUCCGAACCCUCGCUCCACACCUUCCCCGCCGACCUCAUCCUCCUCUCCGGCGAUGCCAUCGUCAACGAGUCGAUGCUCACAGGAGAAUCCGUCCCCGUCUCAAAGAUCCCGAUCGAGCCCGAGUUCGUCCCGCUCGUCUCGUCGCCCGGCCCGGAGAUCGCGCCCGAACUCGCUCGCUACGUCGUGUUCAACGGUACCAAGAUCAUCCGCAUCCGCAAGACGGCGCCGAGCGUUUCCCAGGGUGGCAAGCCGGGAGCCGACCUGGAGGCGGUCGCUAUGGUCGUCCGAACCGGGUUUAACACGACCAAGGGCGCCCUUGUCCGCUCGAUGUUGUUCCCGAAGCCCUUUGGCUUCGCCUUCUACCGCGACUCGUUUCGGUUCAUCGGCGUCCUUGCUGGCGUCGCUGUCAUCGGCUUCCUCGCGAGUGCCGUCAACUUUAUCAAGCUUGGCAUCGCCUGGUCGGUCAUCAUCAUUCGCGCCGGCGACCUCAUCACGAUUGUCGUACCGCCUGCGCUUCCCGCGACAAUGGCCAUCGGCACGAGCUUUGCGAUCCAACGCCUCCGCAAGAUGGGCAUCUUCUGCAUCUCGCCGACGCGCGUCAACAUCGGCGGCAAGGUCAACAUCGUCUGCUUCGACAAGACCGGCACGCUCACCGAGGAAGGCCUCGAUGUUCUGGGCGUACGCAGCGUCGUCCGCUCGACCAAUGUCUUCACCGAGCUCCACCGCGAUCCGGACGACGUGCCCAUCUUUGGGGCGGCAGACGCCAAAACGCCACUCCUUCACGCUCUCACCACCUGUCACGCCCUCAAGGUCGUCAACGGCGAGGUCAUCGGCGAUCCGCUCGACCUGCGCAUGUUCGAGUUCACCGGCUGGACGCUCGAGGAGGGCAAGGAGGGCGUUGGCAAGAAGCCCGCCGACUCGGCUUCGACACGACGCAAGAAGGCGACCGACACCGGCUCAAGCUCGAAAGUGCCGGAGCGGGCGCAGACACUCGUGCAGACCGUCGUUCGUCCGCCCGGAGGCGAGUCGUUCAAGCUCGAGGACGCGCUCAAGGCCGGCAGCAAGCAUGCGCACUUCCUCGAGCUCGGCGUCUUGCGCACCUUUGACUUUGUCUCGAGCCUGCGUCGGAUGAGCGUCCUCGUCAAGAAGCUCAAGAGCAACUCGGUCGAGGCGUACGUCAAGGGUGCGCCGGAGGUCAUGAUCGACAUUUGCGACAAGUCGACCCUCCCCGAGGACUACGAAGAGGUCCUGGCUGACUACACCCGCCACGGCUACCGCGUCAUCGCGCUCGCCGGCAAGAGCAUGCCCGGCUUGACCUGGAUCAAGGCGCAGCGUCUCAAGCGCGAGGCAGUCGAGUCGGACCUGCGCUUCCUCGGACUGGUCAUCUUCGAGAACAAGCUCAAGCCCGGCACGACGCCCGCAAUCGCCACCUUCCGCCAGGCGCACAUCCCGACGCGCAUGGUCACCGGCGACAACGUCCGCACGGCUAUCAGCGUCGGCCGCGAGUGCGGCAUGAUCCAGCCUCUCGCGCGGGUCUACCUCCCGACUUUUGUCAAGGGCAGUUCUACGACGCCACGCUCGCAAAUCGAGUGGAACGAUGUCGAGGACGAGACGAAGACGCUCGACCCGUACUCGCUCAAGGUGGUCGUCGAGCGGGACGAUUCGAGCGUCUUCAGCGGCUACUCGAGCGAGAGGCGCGAGUACCACCUCGCGGUCACGGGCGACGUGUUCCGCUGGAUGAUGGAUUUUGGCGCCCUCGAGACGCUGCAGCGGAUGCUGGUCAAGGGCGCCAUCUUUGCCCGCAUGUCGCCGGACGAGAAGCACGAGCUCGUCGAGCGCUUGCAGUCCCUCGGCUACACAGUCGGCUUCUGCGGCGACGGCGCGAACGACUGCGGCGCCUUGAAGGCUGCCGACGUCGGUCUCUCGCUGUCCGAGGCAGAGGCGAGCGUCGCAGCGCCCUUCACAUCCCGCCAGCCCGACAUUCGGUGCUUCCUUGAGGUCAUCAAGGAGGGACGCGCGAGUCUCGUCACGAGCUUUAGCUGUUUCAAGUUCAUGGCCCUCUACUCGCUUAUCCAGUUCACGACCGUCUCGUUGUUGUAUUCCAUCGCAUCGACUCUUGGCGACUUCCAGUUCCUCUACAUCGACCUCUUCCUUAUCUUGCCUAUCGCGGUCACCAUGGGCCGCACCGAGCCUUUCCCUCGCAUCCACCCGAAACGCCCGACCGCCAACCUGAUCUCGAAAAAGGUCCUCACGUCGCUCGUCGGCCAGAUCGUCCUCACCUCCGGCUUCCAGCUCUUCACUUUCUUGUGGAUCCGCUCGCGAGACUGGUACUCGCCGCCGAUCAUCGACCCGGACCAGCUCGACAUCGUCUCGUACGAGAACACGUCGCUCUUCCUCCUCUCGUCCUUCCAGUACAUCCUCGUUGCGGCCGUCUUCUGCGUCGGUCCGCCGUACCGCAAGCCGAUUUACUCGAACCGGUGGCUCGUCGCCGCCCUGCUCGCCCUCUCAACCUUCUCUCUUUACACCCUCUUCAUGCCGACCUCGUCGCCUGUUUUCGCGCUCCUCCAGUUCAUUGCGCUCCCGCACGAAUUCCACCUCGAGCUGCUGCUCAUCAUCCUCGCCAACGUCGCGCUCAGCUGGGCGCUCGAGGACUUUGCGGCGAUGCGGAUUGCGAGGUGGAUUGGCGACAUGCAGCGGCGAUGGAGGAGGAUGAGGGGUCGGAGAAAGGAGAGCGGGAAGGCGUACAAGGCCAUCUCCCGAGCGAUGGACGACUGA